UCUCAGUACAGUCUCAAUAUGUUUGUGAAUAUACUAAAGUGGUAUUAGUAUUAACAUUAUUAAUGUUAGUGUUUGCCUAUCAUAUUAUACAUAUAUACUGUAUAUAAAAGUUUUGUUUGUUUUACAAUGAAUUGGAAGUUAUUUUAUUAUAAGUACUAUUAAAAAUAAACUAAACUACAAAAUAGUUUAAGCGUUAAACAACUGUUAGUUUAAUAACAUAUUUGUGUAAUAAAGCGAUUACUUGUGUUUUUUAGUAUUAUUAUUACAAAUUUUUAUCGAUUUCAUUAGUAAAUAGUAAUACUGUAAUAAUGUCUGCCAUUAGUGAGGAUCAGAUUCAAGAAUAUAAGGAAACGUUUGCAAUAUUUGACACCAAAGGCGAUGGUAUGAUAGGUGUGUCCCAAUUGGGUGAUGUCGCCCGUGCUUUGGGUCAAAAUCCUACUGAAGCUGAAAUCAAACGGUGUUGUCAAGAGUUUACAGCCGAAGAACGGAUCAGUUUUGAUAAGUUUUUGCCAAUUUUUCAGUCGAUAGUCAAGAAUAGAGUAAAGUAUUCUUCCGACGAGUUUGUCGAAGGUUUGAGACAUUUCGAUAACGACGGCUCCGGUUAUAUUAGUUCGGCUGAAUUGAGACAUCUAUUGACGGCAUUGGGAGAAAAGUUGACCGACGAUGAGGUCGAACAGAUUAUGGUCGGUAUGGAGGACGAGGAGGGAAGGGUUAACUACGAAUACUUUGUCAAACAGAUACUUCAUGGAUAGACAUCACAACUAGUUAUAUAUCGAAAUUUAUAUCGAAAUUUAUUGGUUUUAAAUUAUUAUUAUUAUUAUAUUUAGUUUUAAUACUUAUUUAAAUUCUACAUUUUUAAUGAAUUAUAUUUUUCUCAUAUUAUA